UGCCGGGAGCCGGGAGCAAGGUUCCCGUCCCACCCGCAGCAGCACCGCCCGCCGCCGGCAGGGUACGCUCUCCACGGAGCCUGUCCCGCUCCUGGCCGGCCUGCGCCUGCGCGGGGCUUCCGCCAGUCGGCGAAGCGGCGAGAGCUGCCCCACUUGCUGCGCACUCGGACUAAGAUGGCAGCGGCGGCCCGGCUGGGUUGGGGAGCUGCGGCUGCAGCCGCAAGGCUGUGUAGGCGAUUCUGUCCUAUGAUGAAUCUGUAUACCAUGACAAAACAGCCUCUGCAUCAGUUUGUACAAAGACCACUUUUCCCACUGCCUGCAACCUUAUGUAACACAGUGAGAUACAUGUUUAUUCAGACACAAGAUACCCCAAAUCCCAACAGUUUAAAAUUUAUUCCAGGAAAACCAGUUCUUGAGACAAGGACCAUGGAUUUUCCCACACCAGCUGCAGCAUUUCGCUCCCCUCUGGCUAGGCAGUUAUUUAGGAUUGAAGGAGUAAAAAGUGUCUUUUUUGGACCAGAUUUCAUCACUGUUACAAAGGGUCGGGGGAGGACCAGCUUUUGUUUAAUAUUUCCAACGUGUCUGGAAAGUGAAGAGUUAGACUGGAAUUUACUGAAACCAGAUAUUUAUGCAACAAUCAUGGAUUUCUUUGCUUCUGGCUUACCCUUAGUUACUGAGGAAACAUCUUCAGGAGAAGCAGGAUCUGAAGAAGAUGAUGAAGUUGUGGCAAUGAUUAAGGAACUGUUAGAUACCAGAAUAAGGCCAACUGUGCAGGAAGAUGGAGGAGAUGUUAUCUAUAAAGGCUUUGAAGAUGGCAUUGUACAGCUCAAACUCCAAGGUUCUUGUACCAGCUGCCCCAGUUCAAUGAUUACUCUGAAAAAUGGAAUUCAGAACAUGCUGCAGUUUUAUAUUCCAGAAGUAGAGGGUGUAGAACAGGUUAUGGAUGAUGAAUCUGAUGAAAAAGAAGCAAACUCACCUUGAAAUAAUUAGAGUUUUCUUUGGACCCAGCAGUUGGACUUCUUGAUAAUAUAUACCAAGCUUUUAUUAUUAAUCUGCUAAGGAACUUGAGGAGUAAUAAAAUAUGCCCUUUUUUCAGAGA